CACUAACUAGCCAGUUCCCUCCAGCAGCAGAGCUUCAUUUUCUGAUCUGCUUUUGUGCUAAAAUGGAGGCUGGCCUCUCGCCCUGAGUGGAUCGCCUUCCUGGUUGAGGUUUAGAUGUUGACAUGCAAUAAAUCUGGAGACAGGAUGGUUGUGGAUGCACCUAAUUCCAAUGGGCCUUUUCAGCCGGUGGCUCUUAUGCACUUCAGAGAUGUGGCCCCCGCAGAGCAGGAGAAGCUCUUCAUCCAGAAGCUACGGCAGUGCUGCGUUCUCUUUGACUUCCUGUCCGACCCGCUGAGCGACCUAAAAUGGAAGGAAGUGAAGCGGGCGGCGUUGAGCGAGAUGGUGGAGUACAUCACCCACAACAGGAAUGUCAUCACAGAGCCCAUCUACCCGGAGGUGGUGCACAUGUUUGCAGUGAACAUGUUCAGGACAUUGCCUCCAUCGUCCAACCCCACUGGAGCGGAGUUUGAUCCAGAGGAAGACGAGCCAACACUUGAAGCUGCAUGGCCACACCUCCAGCUCGUCUAUGAGUUUUUCCUUAGGUUUCUAGAAUCGCCCGACUUUCAGCCUAACAUAGCGAAGAAAUACAUCGACCAGAAAUUUGUUAUGCAGCUCCUAGAUCUAUUUGACAGUGAGGAUCCCAGAGAGAGAGACUUCCUCAAAACCACCCUGCACAGGAUCUAUGGAAAGUUCCUGGGGCUGAGGGCGUACAUCAGAAAACAGAUCAAUAACAUUUUCUAUAGGUUUAUCUAUGAGACGGAGCACCAUAACGGUAUAGCUGAACUACUGGAAAUACUUGGAAGCAUAAUCAAUGGAUUUGCCUUACCACUAAAAGAAGAGCACAAGAUUUUCCUGUUGAAGGUUUUAUUGCCUCUACACAAAGUCAAAUCACUCAGUGUCUACCAUCCACAGCUGGCCUACUGCGUGGUGCAGUUUUUGGAAAAGGACAGCACUCUAACUGAGCCGGUGGUAAUGGCUCUAUUAAAGUACUGGCCAAAGACUCACAGUCCCAAGGAGGUGAUGUUUCUCAACGAGCUGGAGGAGAUCCUGGACGUCAUUGAGCCCUCUGAGUUUGUCAAAGUGCAGGAGCCUCUCUUCAGACAGCUGGCCAAGUGUGUGUCCAGCCCGCACUUCCAGGUGGCAGAGAGAGCUCUUUACUACUGGAACAACGAGUACAUCAUGAGUCUGAUCAGCGACAACGCAGCGAAGAUCCUGCCGAUCAUGUUCCCGGCUCUGUACCGCAACUCCAAGACCCACUGGAACAAGACCAUCCACGGCCUCAUCUACAACGCUCUGAAGCUCUUCAUGGAGAUGAAUCAGAAGCUCUUCGAUGAUUGCACACAGCAGUUCAGGGCUGAGAAAAACAAAGAGAAGGCAAAGUCUAAAGAACGUGAGGAGGCUUGGAUUAAGAUUGAGAACCUCGCCAAGUCAAAUCCACAGUUCUUUAUGUAUGUUGAUUCCUCUGACCUCAAUAGUCCUGUAGCAAUGGAGACGGAUGUCCCUUUGAUAGAAGAUGUUCAGAGGUUAAAAAAGACAGUUGAGGAGGGCGCGAUUCAGUUGCAGCAUGACCAGCGGAAAGAGCGGCCUAUGGUGCGACGAAAAUCUGAGUUGCCUCAGGAUAUCUACACCACAAAAGCCUUGGAGUCCCACCGCAGAGCUGAUGACAUGUUGACCACCCAUGAUGGACUCUAGGUCCCGCCACCUGCCGGCUCUCUGUUCAACUGCCCCCUUUACCCUCGACAGCCAUGGACAUCUUCUUUGCCCAGGUGCCAGAAUUACACUGGCGACCCAUGUUGGGCUCUCCCUCCCUCCUCCCACCACCAGUUUACCCAGAAUCCUCAGUUCUCCUCCAUUCCUGCUGCCCAAGUGCAGAAGCCCUGUUUCUUCUUCCCUCAGAUUUCUGCUUUCUCAGGUUUUUGUCUUUAUUUGGAGAAGAGUGGGAGUGUGUUUGUUGUGUCUUUUAGCCCUUGCCACAUUUACGUUCUGAUUAUCCCCCCCCCCCCCUUCGAUUACCUUCCUUUGUCCUUCCCUCCCCCUGUGGGUCACUGUAAAUGUGGAACCUGGGAGUACGGAUGCCGAAAUGCUGGUUCCUUCAUUCCUUCUUGCAAACACAAUGGAUUGGAUGUGGAAACAUAGGAACUGACUGACUCACUGUCUAAGGAUCGUCUCUUGGUCUGUGCUUGGUUUUUCGUUUUUCCGUCAAAGGGAACAAAAACAGACCCUGUUGGUCAGAUGAAAGACAAUACUUUCCCGUCAUCCGUUGUGCGUUUUUUUUCUUUUUUGCUAAAUCUAACAGACAUCUUGUCAGUGCCAAGACUGUUGUGUUCUUUUUGUUUGUUUUCAUGUUUUUAUCUGUGACUUUAACAGGAACACCUGCCUUUGUUUUUGGUCACUGGUGUUUAGAAGAGUUUUUGUUUUUAGUAUAGCGCGCCAGACCAAACUGAGGCUCGUCCUUAGCCUUGCAAUGUCCAGGAAAGGAGGCGAAGAGAGAGGAAGUUGUCCUGUGGACAUCUGACUCUUUCCAUUUUAUUGUUUUGUGCCAUAUGCCGCUCUUUGAUAUGCUUGCUUCCUUAUGUUCAUUGGCAAUAUUUGAAUACCAGACCAUAGUAAUGAAUAUACAGUUCAAACAAUGGUACUUACUGUUUUAGAGUUGGACAGAUGAGGAGGAACCUGAGUGAAAGCUGUUUGUAUUUACUACCUAAAGUUGCAGGAGCAAUAUCCAGAGCUUGGAUGUAGCAAGGAGAGCCACACACACACACACUGUAAAAUGAAUCGUGAGGAUUAUCUUUGUAAAGGAAAUAUAAUUGGGGAUGUGUUUUGUUGAAUGGAAGAGGGGGCACAGAUCUGUACUUUCUCUACACCUAAAAACACCACACACUUGGGAAAGAAAGUUAGGACCUUUGCUCAUUGUGCUUCUUUUUUAAAGCAUGGAGGUGUAUUGGUACUGUGCCAUAAAGAUUUGUAAUGUUCUAAUUAAAAAUAGAAGUUAAUUUAUUAUAAAAAAUAAGAUCUGGUAACCUCAGUAGCUAUUAACAUAAUGACAUUAAAUGAAUAAUACACUUGAUGAAAGCUACCAGAAAACCAUUCCUAGUUUCAGUUGUCUGGUGUGCAGGUUGUGUUGUAUCCCUUUCAGUGAGGAAGCUGUGUAGAGGUUGGGAAGAUAUCUUUCAGUCAGUACCAUUGUUUCAACUAAGGAGGUCUGCUAGAUUUCUUCAUAUUUGAUGUGUUGUAUUUCUUUGUCUUGUCUCUGGAGGUUAAGUAGCGUGGAUGUCAGGUCUUUGGAUUUUUUUUGUUCUGGCCAUUCAGGAUGCCCACAUGCUGAAACAGACUGGUAUCAAAUGGCCACAAAAAUGCCAGAUGCUGAAAAUAAAACUGACAUUGUGACUUGGCUUGUUAACUGUAUUAAUACUGUAUUUGCUUGAAUGCAAAAAGAUGUAAAUUAAAACUACCAUGUUAAACAUGUACCUUUUACCCUGGAGGAAUGCCAUUCACCAAACUGAUUUCUGUUGUCGAGGUCAUUGCAUUUAUGAAACAGUCCUGCUUGCUGGGAGAGGUGUUUUAUGAGUUUGAGUCAAGAGGUGUUUGAGGCGAGUGCAGAAAAACAAGUCGGCCGUGAUAACGAGAUGAUUUAAAAAUGAUUUGGUGGCUUGUUCUCUUUCUGCAGGAUCUUUGCAGAUCUUUUAAUUUCACAUAUAAUUUCCAAAACAUGAUAACUUAAAGUGUCCUUUUGUAUGUGACCUGUACUAUAUGAUUCAUUUAAUAUUGUAUAUAUGAUUUACCUUGUUUCAUGUAGUGUUAUAUAUCUAGAUUAAUUUUGUACAAAUUGUCCCUCUGUACAGAAUAAAACAUCAAUAGCAAGUGAAAGAAGUCAAUCUGGCACAUACCGUCUUAUUUCUCCUCUUCUUGUUUUUGAAUGUACUUUCAGCCACACAAGGAUUUGGAAAAUGUUCUUAUUUUUAUUAUUAUCAAAUCUGCAAAGUUUCCUCCUUCCUCUAUAUAACUGACAAAUGUUCAUGCCCGUUGUGUGCUCCUAUCACUGUCUUUAGUGGUGUACAACUAUAUAGUAUAAAUAAAGAGAUUAUUUGAAUAUA